AUGGUCCACCCUGGUGGUACGAAUGAUGUUGUCAUCACGUCGCAAGAUACUCUCAACGAGACGAUAUCCAACCACAGCUCUAACCAGGCUGCAACUCCUCUGUCAGCUGGUGAUGCCGAGCAGCUCUCAGUCUCUGUGUACAAUAAUUUCCAGAGCGAUUCCAUCCACAUCUAUAUCACUGGACUCGAUUCCGAUGGGAACAUUGUCUGUCUUACACCUAGUGGAAGUUGGUAUACUCCAACAGGCGAUAGCAGCUCCACGACUCUCCAAGAAAUCACGGAAGAUAUUGCCAUCCCUAUUGGUGCUUAUGGAUCAACUACUUCCCUUACCCUCCCGAGCUAUAUUUCAUCGGGUCGCAUCUGGGUCGCAGCUGGUGACUUGACAUUCUGGACUGUAAUAUCUGCCACUGGUGCUCUAUCUCUUGUUGAACCAUCUGCAGUCAACCCGGAUGAUCCUAGUGCAAACGUCAACUGGGGAUUCGUUGAGCUCACAACAGAUUCUAGCGGUAUUAUGGUCAAUCUUAGCUAUGUCGACUUCGUUGGUCUCCCGCUUAGUAUUGAGAUUCAGGGCAGUGAUGGCACCCAAACAGCUCUCGGUGUGUCAGCAGAUGCUUUAUCAUCUAUUUGCAGCGACUUGGCUACACAAGCAUCCUCAGAUGGUCAGCCCUGGAACGAACUCUGCAUGACUGACACUAGCGGCAACCUCCUCCGCGUUAUCGCUCCUUACGACUAUAUAAGCCUAGAGCCAGAUGCUUUUGAUUCCUACUGGACGAGCUAUGUCUCUGAUGUCUGGUCUCAAUACGAGAGCACGCCCCUGACAAUCGAUACUCAGGCUGUAGCUGGCCUGGUAAACUGCGCAGUGUCAAGCGGUAUCUUGAACUGCGACGGUGACAACCGAGGCUAUGCACAGCCAGUCGCCAGCGAUAUCUUUGGUUGCAAUAGCGGUUCAUUUGCAAUUGAAUCAAGCGACAAUGAAAUCCAUCAAGCUUUGGCGGGGAAUGUAGAACCGAGCCUCGAUUCGAGCUCUUACUACACGACAUCACCGACAGACUACUACAGCAAGAGUGUGCAUCAACAUGAGGCUGACGGGAAGGGAUAUGCCUUUGCUUAUGACGAUGUGACUCCUGAUGGCGUGCCAAAUGCCUCUGGUCUCCUUUUCGACCCGAACCCCACUUUUCUCACUAUCACUGUGGGUGGAGCAACGUCCUAA